AUGACACCCCUGUGGCCACCGCCAAGAACAUGCCCGGGGACAGUGCGGAUCUGUUUGGGGACGGUGCGGCAGAGGACGGCAGUGCUGCCAAUGGGCGCCUGUGGCGGACAGUGAUCAUCGGGGAACAGGAGCAUCGCAUCGACCUGCACAUGAUCCGGCCCUACAUGAAGGUGGUCACUCACGGAGGGUACUAUAGCGAAGGUCUCAAUGCCAUCAUCGUCUUUGCUGCCUGCUUUCUCCGAGACAGCAGCUCACCCGACUACCAAUACAUCAUGGAGAACCUCUUCCU